CCCUCGUAUGACAACCUUCUCUCCAACAUGACCACGUCCUGGUUUAGAUUUGAAACAUCAUCUUUGGGCUCAUGUUCUUCAUGAGCCAUCUCAAAGUGUCGAGAGUAUUGUUGCCGACUCGCCUGUUGUGGUCUCCCCCCAGCACGAUCCACUCAAAGCAAUCUCUGAGAAUACACAAGUUUCCUCUGGCUCGGCCAACAACCAUUCCUUCCCGCACGCACAUUUUUGCCAAGAUAAUGAGUACCGCGCAUGGAGGAAGCGGACACAAGAAUCGCUUAGCGAAGGCGAAGAGUCCGUACCUACUGCAACAUGCAGAGAAUCCGGUCGACUGGUAUGAGUGGGGUCAGGAAGCCUUUGACAAGGCGAAGCUCGAGAGCAAGCCAAUUUUCCUCUCGGUCGGGUACUCUGCUUGUCAUUGGUGUCAUGUACUCGCACACGAGAGCUUCGAGGACGAAGUGACUGCAAAGAUAAUGAACGAAUACUACGUGAAUAUAAAGGUUGACCGCGAAGAGCGCCCUGACGUUGACCGGUUGUACAUGACAUUUCUCCAAGCGACGACGGGCGGCGGUGGAUGGCCCAUGUCAGUAUGGUUGACACCGGAUCUGCAUCCAUUCUUUGCUGGGACGUACUUCCCUCCCGGGAACUUCAGACAAGUCCUCAUCAAGCUCGCCGAGAUUUGGGAGCGGGAUCCAGAACGUUGCAUCGCGUCCGGGAAACAAAUAAUCGAAGUGUUGCAACAGUCGUCGAAAGCCGCUCCCGAGAGUGGUGUUGACGUGAAGCCCCUCGCUGAAAAGAUACUUACGCAACUGCAGAAGCGCUUCGAUGCGAAGGAGGGAGGGUUCGGUAGGGCACCCAAGUUUCCUUCACCGUCACAAACCAUGUAUCCGCUCGCUCGGAUUGCUGCUUACUAUCUGAACAAUUCAAGUGCAACCGCUCAGGAAAAGGAGAGCGCUGAAAAGGCAAGGGACAUGGCAGUAUUCACCAUGACCAAGAUCUACAACGGUGGCAUUCGGGAUGUCGUCGGGGGAGGGUUCUCUAGGUACUCCGUCGACGAGCGAUGGCACGUACCUCAUUUCGAGAAGAUGCUUUACGACGAGGCGCAGUUGCUCUCUUCCGCGCUUGAGCUCUACCAGCUCUUACCGAGCGGUUCGCACGACAAGACAACUCUUGAGCUGAUGGCGAAGGACAUCGUCUCGUACGUGGCUAGGGACCUGAGGAGCCCGCAGGGCGGCUUCUACAGUGCCGAAGAUGCGGACUCGCUCCCAUCGCAUGAGAGCACGGUCAAGAAAGAGGGCGCGUUCUACGUAUGGACAGCCAAGCAGCUGGACGAGCUGCUCGAUGCGGACGCGGAACUCUUCAAGUACCACUUUGGCGUGAAGGCGGAGGGAAACUGUGAUCCGAGUCAUGACAUCCAGGGCGAGCUGAAGGGACAGAACGUCCUGUUCACGGCCCACACCCUAGAGGAAACGGCACAGAAGUUCGGCAAAGCGUACGAAGAGGUGCAGAAGACGUUGGAGGUGAACCUGGCCACGCUGCGCGAGUACCGUAACAAGCACCGUCCGCGACCGCACCUCGACGACAAGAUCCUUGCGUGCUGGAAUGGGCUCAUGAUCUCUGGCCUCUCGAAGACAUACGAGGUUCUCCAUUCCCACUCCGAGAUCGCGAAGAAGGCGCUGCAGUUGGCGGAAGACUCCGCGACGUUCCUCCGCGCGCAUCUGUAUGACGAGAAGAGCGGUACACUCUGGCGCAGCUAUCGCGAGGGUCCAGGUCCCACUGGUCAGGCGGACGACUAUGCGUUCCUCAUUCAAGGUCUGCUUGACUUGUACGAAGCGAGCGCGAAAGAAGAGUACCUCCUCUGGGCGCUCCGUUUACAGGAGAAGCAGGACGAGCUGUUCUACGAUCCUGAGGGCGGCGGAUACUUCGCAUCUGCACCCGACGAACACAUACUCGUCCGCAUGAAGGACGCUCAAGACGGUGCCGAACCCAGCGCCGUGUCUGUGGCAGUGUCGAACUUGCAACGGCUGGCACACUUCGCCGAGGACAACCACUCUGCAUUCACUGAGAAGACGACGAGUACCCUCGCCUCAAACGGGCAAUUCCUGAAGCAGGCGCCCCACGCGCUUGCGUACAUGGUCAGCGCCGCCCUCACGGGAGAGAAGGGGUACAUGCAGUUCAUCUACGAGGGCACCUCACAAGACUCGCCGUUCCUCAAGCUCAUACGGUCGACUUUCAUCCCCAACCGGGUGCUCAUCCACUUCGAUCCGUCGAACCCGCCUCGCGGCAUAGCGAAGCACAACGGGAGCGUGCGCAGUCUCGUCGAAGAGCUGGAGAAGAAGGAAGGAGAGCACAGGGAGAACGUCAUGAUCUGUGAGAACUUCACGUGCGGUCUACCAAUCGAGAGCGUGGACGAGCUGAAGCAGAAGUUACCGAUCCUAUCGGGGGCAUGAAGCGAUGUGGCAUCCAGAGUCGUGUACGAAUACUAGUCAUUAGGGAAUG